AUGGUUCAAGCCCAACUUUUGAAAUUCUUUAAAAAGAAGACAACUGAAGGUGUGGCGGGAAGUGUUGCCACUGUCCUCCACGAUGCUAUCAUGAACCCAGCAGAAGUGGUGAAGCAGAGGAUGCAGAUGUAUAACUCCCCAUACCGCAGCCUGUAUGACUGCGUCCUGACGGUCAGUCGCAAGGAAGGCCUGGCCGCCUUCUACCGCAGCUACAGCACUCAACUCACCAUGAACAUCCCCUUUCAGGCUGUCCACUUCAUCACUUACGAAUUCAUGCAGGAACAUUUUAACCCCCAGCGCCAGUACCGGCCCGAGACACACAUCCUGUCCGGAGCAGCAGCCGGAGCCGUGUCUGCUGCCAUAACCACUCCAUUAGACGUGUGCAAGACGCUGCUAAACACGCAGGAGAACAUGGUGCUCAGCUCCGCACAUGUUAGCGGACAUCUCUCCGGCAUGGUGAACGCGCUCAGGACAGUGUACCGAUUGGGUGGCGUGCCGGCCUUCUUUAAAGGCAUCAGAGCGCGGGUGAUUUAUCAGAUGCCAUCUACGGCCAUCGCCUGGUCCGUGUAUGAGUUCUUCAAAUACUUUCUGACCCAACAGGAACCACACAUCCAGGAGCUGAGGAGAGACGCUCACAAGGCCAGCCCUACAUGAGGCCCGCCAGCACUGAAUCCGUUCAGCCCAUCCAAAGAGUGAGCGUGAGGAUCAACGGACAACGGAAGACGCCUUCGGCUCGAAAGGGAAUGUAGAUGCUCAUUUCUUAUGCAGUAGACACUCCAGCAGCUUCUGUGCUUGUUGCUAACGUAUUAAUUUAUUGGAAGAGUUUAAUGUUGUUACAAGAAUGUAUGGAUGCUGCACACUACAGAACGUUUCUUGUAAACAUGAUAGAAACAGGAAGGUAAAGCUGUGUCAGUGUUUUGUUUGUAUUCUCAGUUACAUAUUUAUGAUUGAGCGUGAUGGUGUGCGUCUGUAUUUAUAUAUGCACACACACACCUUCUGCUCAGUGACACAACAAACCCGUGCGGUAGAACAUGUUUUUAUUUUAUUGGC